CGCAUAAGACUGCUAGUUCAAUUUAGAUAAUUCACUAAAGUGCACUUCGUUAUAUGAGCAGUGAAACAUUACACAAUUAUAGCAGAGUGUUGUGUAGUGAGCGUUUCUUAUUGAGGCGUGGUUCGAUGCCAAAUAUGUAAUAAUAGUAUAACCAAAAAUAGUGUAGUUCCGAUCAGUAUGUGAAACAAAGAAACCGGAAGUCAAAGUAGUUAGAAUUCAAAUCAUUUGGAGUGAUUUUUUUGAAACUAUUGUUUGCAAGCCGUCGUCGCCAGGAAAUGUUUUCUGACAACCCGAACUACUUUGAUGAAGAGGUUGCUGCCAAAAGUGGAAGCCCUGCGAAUAGAAGUUUUUUCCUAUUCAAAAAUCAGAAUCCGAAGGGCAAAACCGUAUUAAAUAAACAAACUUAUUAUGUGCAAGAACAAUCUACGGCUCACAAACGCCGUGGCAGCUGGAAAAGUUUUAUACGUUCUAGGAAUAACAGCACUACCACAGAUCCAACGGCAGACGACACCAAUGUGGCUAGAAGACAUAAUACAUUGGAUUAUAAAAACUGUGAGAAUGGUAGCUGGCGGGAGCAACGCUUUUUUCAAAACAGCAAUGAAUCAAAAUACACGGCACUGGAUAUAAAUGAGAGAGAGCGGUACGGCGAUUUGCAUGAGCCAAGGAGACACUCGAUUGGAACGUUCAUAAUAAAGGAACAGUUCUCCGAUGAGGUUCCGAAGAUGAUGGCUCCAAAGGCCCCGGUAGUAUCGGCAAAACGGCAUGGCGAAGGUGAUCGUGCGCCGCAUACAACGGAUGACAUACUGUUUAUUACCGUACGCCACAAUGAGCAGGCGUUGAUUUGGGUGAAUCAUUUGAAAACAUGCUUCGAUAAAAUAACGAAACAGAGAGGAAAGCUGCCGUUCAAUUUUCUGCAAGUAAAAAUUGACGAAGACCCAAUCACCCCGCAGUUAGUGCAACGAUGCCAAUCGACGAAACUGCAAAUGGUAAUUGUUUGCCCCAUACUGCUCACGAUGUCCGCUUCGUUCUUGCUUUCCUCGCUGCGAUCGCUGCUGAAACCGGAGAGAGUGCUUGGACUAUUGUUAGACGUCACGGAGGAGCGUAUGCGGGAAAUACACAAGGUAACAUUUCCGGAGUACAAUAAAUGGCGAACGUGUGUAGCAGGAAGUCACGAACAGUCAUUCCUAAGUGAGCUGCUCGGUACGGCGACAGACAUUUUAGGAAGAGCACUGAGACAGCAACCACUCUGCACGGAGAACAACAAUGUCACGCCAAAAGCGGCACGUCAUGUUACCUCAGCACAUCCGGUCGGGCAGCAUGAAACUUUCACACUGUUUCCGAGAAAGGUAAAAAUCGGUUACAACAAAAUAGUUGCCAUUCUAGCGGAACCCUUGGAGAAGAAUGAUUGGAUUAAAAUAAUCAUCGAAAAAGGUAACGAAAUAAUCGAAAUCACGAACGUGAAGCGACGGAACCCGUUCACAAUCCAGUUCAGUGUUCCCGAGUCGUGCAUGGAAAUAUCCAUGAUGGUCGGUGUACGGCUGCAAAAAAAUAACGAAGAUUACGGUAGCCGUCCUCUGAAGUGCGAGAGUCGUUUCCGUGAGCUCGAGCACAUUUUGAAAGCCCAGGAUGCUCCAAUGGAAUUUCUGUGUCAAACGGUCGGUAUUGCCACCUCGGACCGUGACAAACUGGACGCGUACUUGCUGCAAGCAUUUCAGAAAAAUUUGCCAACCAACUUUCACCUGUUGAACUCGACCGACACCGAAACUGCUGUGAAAUUGCACAGUGAAGCGAGUCCGGAAAAAUACCCAACACUGCUUCAUUUCGCCGCCUACUGGGGUCUCGAACGAUUGUGCCUACAGCUGAUGGAUUGUCCCGGGGGUGAUUUGGCGUGUCAAAUGCGUAACAUCUCCGGUCACACCCCAGUGGAUCUGGCCGAGCUUGGAGGACACUUCAAGCUUGCCGGGAGUUUCAAAAACUUCUCACAAAUGCACGAAUUCACCACGAUGUAUCAUUACUUCAAGGGAAUGAGUGAAUCUUCCCCACACAAAGUGGUGAUAGAGCCCAAGACAUCGGAGAGAUGCACCAGUGUUGCGCCCUCUGCGGUCCGAUCGCUAUCGCUGCCCGCGGGUUCAGUGGCAUUGCAUCAACAAGCCGAAGGCUACAUGGAGAUGAGUGAAAUCGCUGCUAAUGAUCAGGACGAAGUGGAUUUUAUAAUAAAUCAAAUGCAGAAAGAAACCGACAAAGAUCAAGAACUUCUGGACAAUAUUGACAGAGAAAAGGAUGCAAUAGUGGAUCAACUGAUGAAUGAGUUGAAAAUCACCGAGGUCGAUUAUUUGGAAACUAAUGACAACAACAAAAACGAUUCGUUCAGUCAGGAGUGUUCCAAUUUGCUGGAAAACUGUAACGUCUCCGACGCAAAUGAUUUCAAUUACCUGAUACAGCCAUCGAAUGUCCCGUUGAGGCAAAGUGAUCCCCAGGGGGAUUACCUUGUGCAACCGUCGAAUAUACCCGUUCAUGAAUACAGUAAUCUAGAGUAUAGAAAUCAACGCCAGGAGAGUUUCAAUAGUGGACAAUCGAGCGGCACCCAGGAAGCCGAACGAGAGGUUUCUCAUCUUAGAUUGAGUUUCAAGAAGAAAGAAAUUCCGUCGGAAGCGCAGCAAAAGAACCGAACCUUGAAAAGACAAGAAAGCAAUACGUCGAAAAAAUCCGUAGACGACGAACUGUUGGAAAUCAUCACCGAUUUCAAAAACAAUGUCUUCACGAUCCAGGAGGUCGAACAUCUGGUAGAUUUGUGGAAAUCGCGCAACGACGUUCAGAAAAGUUUCAAAGAAAAGCAGGAACAGUUGCAGGCAAUGCGCGAAGAGUACGAAAGAAUUCAGCAGCAAAUGAAGGACAGAUUGAAACGGCCAACUCCGUUCGAAAAAAUUAAAAACAUGUUCUACAGACAUAAAAAUGUGCCCUUCAAAAAGGGAGAAUCAUCCGGGCUGGGACCGGCGGACGUUUGCGAUGAUAUAAAAUUCUCCAUGACCGUCCCGUCGUCACAAACGCAUCGGCCCAUCAGUUCUACCAGUCUGCACAGCAUCUCCAGCAGCUCAUCGGAUCGGAUGAGUAGCACUUUUGGUGGACUAACCAUCGGCGAUGGUGGGACCCAGUCUGAUUCCGAGGACUACCGGAAUGGCAAUCAACUAGCAAUCAAAACCUACAUGACACCCCGUGCCGGUAGUGCACGUAUGGAGGAAAACACCGUUGCCAAUGAACACUACAUGAUUUUCCCUUCGAAUAUUCCGGUUUCGCAGGAAAACUCCAACUGUUCGGUAAUGGCAUCACCUGGACUAAACUCCAUCGACGAAACCAAAGAAGUUGAAAACCUAGUGCAGCCCAUCAAAAUACAAAAACCAAAUAUCGUUUACAGUCAGUUAGAAGAUAGCAGACCUACCGUCACCACGUUCCGAUUUGUGUCCAACGAUACCGAAGAAACACUUAGCGAUGAUAGAUAGUACUCAUUUCUGUUGUGCAAUGUUCAUAUAAUUACGUUUAUAUCGGAAAGUAUUAAUUUCAUAGUAGUAUAUCAAAGUAACAUAUUUACAGCUGUAAUAGUUGUGAACAAAUUAUUACUCUUAAAUGCAGUAAAGUUACGAUUGAUAAUGAUUUUUUAAACCAUCACAUAACAAUCGAAUUUAACAGUAUGCGCUAGGUUUUAAGUGUAAUAAUUAUCGAUGCCAUCAAAUCGUGAAAAUGGAUCCAUAGAUGAAACUAUCCCGCCUAGAUAUCAAAUUAUACCAAAAAGUUUUUAUCGAACUCAGUGACAUUACUUGUUGAUUGUGAACGUCUAGUGAUAUUUAAUACAUAUUUUAUCGCACAAUCAAAUCAAUUUCUAGUUGCCAUGACAGUGUGUUAAUCGCCCUUAUUCUGAAUAACGUCGUAUCGUUUUUUUCCUCGUAUUUCAUUUGUAUUCCCCAUAACGCUAGCAAAAUCAAAGGUAGCUAUGAUUCGAUCGAACCACAUUCGAUCGAAAAAUCAAUACGUCGUUAUUCAGAAUAAGGGCGAAUAUAUCGUAAUAUCGUUUUGAUACUCAUGAAACAUGAAACGAGGUCAACUAAUAUCUACAUAUUUUUGCGACGAUUAACGCUUUAAGUAUUGUGGCCAAAUAAACAUAUUUUUCGAAUAUUUACAAA